CGCUGCACUUAUAAUAUCGCGCUCUACGCGGCUUUGGCUUUGGUUGGGCAAGCGGUGAGUGAGAAAAUCGAGAGACCGAACGCUGCGUCAGAACAGAAACUCUCUCUACAACGUUGCAGGAGCGGUCAGUUUCAGUUGAAGAGACAGUCGAAGUGCUUCUGCUAGUACUACCGCGCUUUCUAACGGUGUUUUUGGAGAUCUAUACUUGCCGAUAUGAUUUGGAUAAGAAUGACCGUUUUCUGCCUGAGUAUAGCUAGCAGUUUUGCAGCUCCUGCAAAUAAUGAAUUGCUUGAUAAGGAUACCAAAAAGAAAGUCACAUAUGUCAUUGACAUGGAGUCAUCCAAGCUUCUUAGGUUGUCAAAUUACUACGUGAAUACUGAGGCGACAGUAAACGACAUAGCCAUCAACUCAGUAUCAGAAGAAAAGAAGGUCGAGCCCUUAUCGCCAGUGUACGCCCAACAACCCAACGAACAUCAACUUCAACCUGCUAGCCACGAAGGGUCCAGCGUGCAGAUCAGUGGAAUCACUCUCGGGGCUGAUACCAGGCAUCCUGCACAGCCCGUAGCUCCGGCCACUACGGAGAAUACACCCUUCAAACCACCAAGAGCGGGAGGAAUGUUUGCCAGGCUUAUCGAUGACAUUUUCCAGAUCCCGAUCAAUGUACUUCAGAAUGGUGCUCGACUCAUCACCAGCCCAUUUACCAGCAGGCCCAAGAGUCCAGAGGUUGUCGCUCAUGUUUCCUAAGCUUUCAGCUUAGGACUAACAUUGUUUUUGUACAUAGCCCCAUGUUUUCAAGAAAGUUUUAUAUAUUUGUUAAAUUAUUUUUACAUAUCCC